GAUUGAACAUCAUUCGAAAUAAACAAAGCACCAGAGGCUAUAAGAAACAGACACUUACAAAGUUGUCAUAUCAUUGCGGAGGCUUUGAAGUCUUCCGUAUACGAGAUCUUGAGAACUGGAGAGAAUGAGUGAAAGAGUGAAGGAGCAAGUCUGCGAAGGUUUUAUUUUAUUCGAAGCGCGGGCGUUUCCGGCCUACACGUGGCUGAACGCUAGGGCGCUUCUUCCGCGCGUUAACAGCACAAUUGACCUUGACGUUUUCCUCUUACACCAGGUCCACUCCUUUUCUGCUCUCUCUACCAUCAUCAUGCCCGUAGAGACAGCACUGUACGAUCUCUUGGGUGUCGAACCCGAAGCCACUGAAGAUGAGAUCAAGAAAGCUUACAGGAAGAAGGCCAGGGAACACCAUCCUGAUAAGAAUCCCGAUGAUCCUGAGGCAGGAUCGAAGUUUCAAGAAAUGGCGGCCGCCUAUGAGAUCCUCAGUUCAGUGGAGACACGGGAAACCUAUGAUCGUUUCGGUAUGGAAGGCAUAAGUGGAAACGGAGGUCGUGGUCCAUCUAUGGACGCGGCAGAUCUCUUCGCAGAGCUCUUCGGUGGGGCUAACUUCGGUUUCAACUUCGGACCCGACAUGCGACCACGGAGGACGCGAGGUGAAGACACUAUCAUUAAUUAUGAUGUAACGUUGGAGGAUCUGUAUAAUGGCAAGACGGUGAGGAUGAAUAUGGAAAAACAGAUAGUUUGUCAGGUCUGCAAAGGGUCAGGCGCGAAAGGUAGUGCAAAACCGAAACAAUGUGCUAAGUGUGAAGGCAAGGGCUGGACGUUCAUACAAACACAGAUGGGCCCGAACCAGAUCGGGACAUCUCGUGCAAGAUGUUCAGAAUGCGGUGGUCAUGGAGAGAAGCUUCGAGAGAAGGAUCGAUGUAAAAAGUGCAAGGGCGAGAAAACGGUGAAGGAGAAGAAUCGUGAAGAGAUUCACAUUGAACGUGGCGUGCCCAAUCGAACAAGGAUCGUCCUUAGCGAGGCUGGAGAUGAAGAGCCUGGCGUACCUCCCGGCGACGUCGUACUUGUCCUAAAAUGCAAACCCCAUCCAUCCUUCGAGCGAUCAGGGAACGAUCUACUAACGACUGUGCACAUAACCCUCUCUGAAGCGUUGCUCGGAUUUUCUCGGAUAUUGGUGACACACCUUGACGGACGAGGUGUGCACGUCACGAGUCCAAAGGGCAAAAUUAUCAAGCCAGGCGAUAGUAUCAUUCUACGUGGUGAGGGUAUGCCCAUAUACAAAAGUCCCGACCAAAAAGGGCACCUGUAUGUCAUCUUGGAGGUCGACAUGCCUGAAGAAUCAUGGCUCAAGACCGUUGAUCAACCGGCACUUGAAGCCCUACUGCCACCCAAGAAGCCGGAGAUGGAUCCCAAACCGGCGGUCAUUGAUGAAGUGCCGUUUGAGGAGAGGGACAUUGUGGACGUGCGUGAAACGCCUUUCGCUGGUUCCAACUUCUUUGAUCAUGGAUUUGGUACGCAGUUCGGUGAGGGCGACGAAGGAGAUUGGGAGGACGAGGACGAAGAAGAUGAGACGGGCGAACCCGAAUGUCGACCUCAAUAGUACUGCCUCUCAUAGAGCAUCUUCUGGACGAUUUUGGAUUUGGUUUGGGGUGAGUAAUUGAGUGAUGAAAGAUGCUUUUGUUUCUUUAUGGUCGACUUGCAUCGUACACAUAACUUAUAGCGUCCUGUCUAUGCAGUAAUAUCGAUAUACCACCACAGCUCUCGUUUCUGGCUAACUUCUAACGGUUUGCUUGAAGCAUUCUAUGUCAUAUCAUAGAUGAAUUGUUGUCAAGAGGGGAAACAUUUAUUCCAUUUUGAACAGCAGUGAGCUCCAUCAAACGUCAUGAAUUGGCAAUUAAUGCGAGUAUGUAUCUGCGGCGUAGACGAUAUAAAAGGCGGACGAGGUGAGUAUAAAUAUCUGUACGAGUC